AUGGAGAUGUUUUCUGUAAACCAUAGUUCUGAGAUUGUAGGCAUUAAUCAUAAUGAACAUCUUGAGUUAUAUUCUAGAAUUAACGAUAGUAUUCAAAAAAAGAUUAUUGACGUUGAGGCUCAAGAGUUACAGGAAAAAAAU